GUUACACUUCCGGCUCGGCGGCAAAGCGUGCGUUCCGCAAACGAAAUUGUGUCGGAAAAAGUAGUCGGCGUCAAAUUGAAAAUUGUUUAAGGAUUACAAAGUUGAAACGAUAUGAGUUUACCUCUUAAUCCAAAGCCGUUCCUUAACGGCCUGACAGGCAAGCCAGUGAUGGUGAAGCUGAAGUGGGGAAUGGAGUACAAGGGCUACCUGGUGUCUGUGGAUGGCUACAUGAACAUGCAGUUGGCGAACACAGAAGAGUAUGUGGAUGGAGCGUUAGCGGGCCAUCUUGGUGAAGUACUAAUCAGGUGCAAUAAUGUCCUGUACAUCAGAGGUGUAGAAGAAGAGGAAGAAGAUGGAGAAAUGAGAGAAUGAUGACAUGAUGGUCAGGAGGGAAGGCUGCCUGACCCCUUGUAUAAUUACGUGUAUUGCUUAGUUGAAUUAUUUGUCUUUUUUUGUGUGUCCACCAUGUGAGGUAAGUGGAGACCUUGAGUUAGGUUCAUCUUCAAUAAUUUUUUGAAAAAGUUGUUCUUUUCUACUAUAUGUGAGACCAAUGUUGUUAUGAUAUUGUAACGGACACAAUAAAGUUGAUUAUUU